GUAUGAGCUUUUGUUCAGUCUGGAUGGCAGUACUUCUUAUCCCGGAGCAGGGGCUGGUGCUGCAACAGGGACAGCUGUUUCUAAGUCCGGCAGUACAUCAUCAACAGUCGCAACCUCCGGCGCUGCAACAAGCUUACUGAUCAGCACGACCUACGCCGGACUAAGCAACCAGCAGGUGCAGCAGCAACUGCGCAAGAAGUCGCAGCAGCACCGGGGCUUGCUCGCCGACAAGGCUUUCUUCGAGAAGCAGCUGUUUCCCGAGCUGUUUGACGUGGAGGACACCACGCUGGUGAACAAAACGGCGAUAGAACACCUGGAAAAACAGGAGAAUGACAUGCUGUUGGAUGAGGUUUUGCUGGACAGUGCUGGAGCAGCUCCUGCUGGCAAUAUUACGACUAAC